AUGUCCGCCGACCAAUUGCUUUACCCAGUGGACUUCUCUGUUCGCCAGGAUGAGUGGCUCGACUUUGAUGCCCUGUUGCAACUCCCUACGGAGUAUCUAGAAAGCAAUCCCACGUCCGUGGAGUCAAUAUCUCCGCGAGACCUUGACCAGACUUUCACAGACACGGACUUCUUGAACUGGGACUCGGACCCCGCGAUGUGCUCGCAGGCCAUGUUCCCCGACUUCGUCGGGUAUGAAGCUCCAGUGGAAGGCUUAGGGCAGGCCAUGGACUUCCAGCCUUUCAUCAACCCUAAUGAUGUCCUACAGACAGCGCCGCCACUCUCAAACCAAUUUGUUGACCCGAUCUUCGACAACACAUGCCUCCCAGAUGCGCAAGACUUCGCGUCAUUCCGGUACAUGGUCGAAUCGCAAGCGGCCAUGGACCCCCGCUGCUUCUCACAGAAAGAGAAGCGACGAGAUGCAUCAAUCGCACUACACCUGCAGCGCAUGCAGGAGGAGCUGGUCUCCGAAAUGAACACCCCUAGCCUCUCGAGCAACAACCUUUCAUCUCCAAACUGGUCCGAAUUAUCACUCGAGAUGACACCGGCCCAGCCUUCUACAGCUCCAUCCACCUCACCUGCCGCUGAAUCCCAAGCAUCUCCGCGAUCUCUACCGGAGCCUGGUGCACCGAUGCAGCUGGUGUUGGAUCUCAAUAUGAACACGACCACCAAUGUGCCGAAAAAGCAAAAGCCGAGGUCCAAAGCACAGAGAGAGAACUACAUCAAAGCCCGGAAAUAUGGAGUCUGUGAGAAGCAUCGCAAGCAGCACAAGAGGUGCAAUUGCCUCGAAAAGGCAGCAGCGGCGCAUCUUAAUGUCAAUGCUUCACUUGCUACCACCAGCACCCGAAGCCCGCAGACGAACCACGAGAGAAUACUCCUCACCAAGUCGCCCCAACGCUCUGUACAGAAUUCGACAGGCUCUACAAAUAUUGGUCUACCAAGACCGGUAAGGGAGCCGGUACUGGUAACGAGACCAGACCUGUCACCUACCCAGCCCUUGGCGACUGCAGGCCGCGACCAGCACACCAUAAAACGACCAGUCAACGCCGCGAAUACUGGUGGUCUAAGCUCACUAAACCAGCCGGUACAGGUGACGAGACCGGGUUUGUCUCCCACGCAACAAUCUUUGGCCGCUGCCGGCCGCGACCAGCACGUUGUCAGACACUCGACCAACGUGCAGAAGCCGAAUGUCUCUCCCACGCUACCGGUGCAGACAUGCGCUUCACCUACAAGCCACAACAGAGGUUCGACUCAAACUACGCCUCAACUUUCACCAACCGGCGGACUCCAGAACCGUGGACUACCGAACGGCGGACUGCCAAACGGCGGACUGCUGAUUGUUCCUGCUCUAUUCAGACACAAGGAGGGUCUGAACAAGCAUGUCAUCAGACUAAAGCUUGGCGAGGAGCAACCUCGCCAACAGCAACGCCAAUCUGCGGCCCCUGUGGCCAUGUCCGGAAGUCGCGGUACGCUGAACGUACAGAAUUCGAGAGUCGCAUCGACAGUUGCCGAUGCAACGGUUACCAUUCCCGCAAGCACAAUUGUGCGCCAGACCCUACGCCAAUCCGUGGACACCAUGUGUCCUUCCGGAUCUCGUGGUACAUUGAACGUCCAGAACUCGAUCAACGUACAAAACUUGAGAGUUGUAGAUACAACUCUCGUCCAACACGGCAGCACAACUGCGCGCCAGACCUUACCCCAGUCAGCGGACAAGUCUGCUGCUGGAAGUCGCGGUACGUUGAGCGUACAGAACUCGAGAGUUGUAGAUACAACCUUCGUCCAACGCGCAACCACCGCCGCGCACAGCACCGCAGCGGGUUUGUUCUCUCUCUGGCAAGGCUCAUCGACGCUUGCGUCCUCGGCACGCCAGUUCUUCAGCCGUGUUGCAGUGUUCUCUUCCAAGCUCUAUAUACAGUAUAGAAAGGGAAUGGGGCUCAUCUAG